AUGACUACUCUUAUGCGUAACAACUCUGGAUUUGGAUGGGACCCAAUUACAAAGAAGUUCACGACUAGAGAUGAAAUAUGGGAAAAUUACUUGAAGUCCCACCUAAGUCACAAGAACCUUCAGACAAAAAGUGUUGCUAAUUAUGAUGAUUUAAAAAUUGUGGUUGGGGGUGCAACUGCUACUAGGAAUGGCUCACUUGCAUUAGGUGUCGAUGAUACCGAUACAACAACUUUUAGGGACGAGGAAAACCUAAAUUUUGGGAUGGAAGACUUUACAUAUGAUGCUGCCAAUGAGACAUUUUUAGCACCAAGUCACUAUCAACCAUCCUUCCAACCGUUAUUACCCUACCAAUCUACACCACCCUUUGAGUCCCCUUUAGGUUUUGAGGUUCCUCAAGGAAAAACAAGUUAA